CAGUCGUUGUAGAGCCCCGUGUGCUACAGAUCAGCUGCGCAUCUAGCUGGCAUGCAUUUUUCGUUCAUCAUCAAGACGAUCGAAACAUCUUGUGGUUGCUUUGAGCUGCAAGCGAGCUCGUGUUCUGAUUCAGACAGAAACAGAGGAGCGGCCUAUGGCCUGUGUGACAUCUAGUCGGAGGCCCUGAGCUAGACUUGGAGGGAAUCGGGCAUAGUUUAAAUGUGGCUGUGCCUUUGUAUUAAAGGAAACCAGCUCCUCCUCCCUCCUAUCAUCCUCUUCCUCAACGCUCCCUCGUCAUUAUAUAACACGAGGAUCAGUUCAGAGCUGCUUGACAAACACUCACACCUAGCGAACAGCUAUACACCCAACCAGGUGGGAGAGCUCCAAGCCACCAAGACCAAGUGAUCGGAACCUGUGCGGCGGCGGCGGCGGCGGCGACGAUGAGCAGGAACAACGGCAAGGCGUCGAAGCUGGAGCUCCUAAGGAUGGGCCUGUCGAGGGCGAGGGGCGGGCCCUCGGCGACGGCGCGGCCCGGCGGGGACAGCGGCAGCAACGGCCGCGCGACGACGUCGCCGCGCCGGGUGUCCUCCUCGUCCUCGUCCACCGCGUCGCCGCCGAGCUCGUGCGUGUCGUCCGAGGGCAGCCCCGACGCGGCCGCCGCCGCGCCGGCGCCCAUGGUCCUGGCCGGGUGCCCCCGGUGCAUGAUGUACGUGAUGCUGUCCCGCGAGGACCCCCGGUGCCCCCGGUGCCACAACGCCGUGCUGCUCGACUUCAGCGAGGGCGACCAGCGCCGCCCGCGUCAGCGCCGGUGAAAUGGAACCACCACGAGCGAUCGAGCACGUCUGAGUUCGUCGUUGCCUUCAAGAAGUCGUCGUCGUAGCUUCAUUUUCCCAUUCGCGGCCGGAGUUUGUUUCGAUUACCCAAGGAAUUAUUGCAUAGACCUGUUUCUUCCGAGCGGCACGGUGCCAAAGGGAUCGGUCUAGGUAAUAAUUUCAUGCUUUGUUAGACAAUAAUAAUAAGAAUAAUAAUUUCGUCUUCUUACUAGUACUACGCGAUGUGCUAGUGUACAAGCAUUGUUCUAUUUUUGCUAAUAACUGGAGUUGCUUGCGCUCUUGUCCCCCCACGCGAAAAUUAAAAAAAACAUUUCUAGUA